GGCUGAGAGGCGGGGCAGAACCAAGAAGGCGAAUUGGGGGAAGCCAGGAGCGGGGCUGCUGCAGGCGUCAACGAUGGCAGCUGCGGGAGCUUUGGCUUUGCUGAGAUCCUGCAGGAAGCCAAGAUGGAAUAUACCUCUCUGCAUAAAUCAUUGGAACACUCGUUCUUUCAAAUCAGAAGCUUUACCACAUACAGUCCAAGAAGGAUUAACUUGUGCUCCACUUCAGACAUUUACAGAAGAAGAGUUAAUGAUUAAACAGUCAGUAAAAAAAUUUGCCCAAGAACAAGUUGCUCCAUUAGUACAAAAAAUGGAUGCUGAUGCAAAAUUCGAUGAUUCUUUAUUCCAAGGACUAUUUGAACAAGGGUUAAUGGGUAUUGAGCUUGAAGCAAAAUAUGGAGGAACUGGAUCGUCUUUUUUUUCUACCAUUCUGGUAGUGGAGGAGUUAGCCAAAGUUGACCCAUCUGUAUCACUUGCGUGCGAACUCCAAAAUACUUUCACUAAUAAAAUGUUUACAACAUAUGGCACGGAAGAACAGAAGAGAACCUAUUUGCCCAGGCUGGCGAAAGACAUGAUGGGCGCCAUCUGCAUUUCUGAACCAGGAGCUGGCAGUGAUGCCUUCUCCAUGAAGACCCGUGCUGAAAAACAAGGGGAUUAUUACAUCAUUAAUGGAUCCAAGAUGUGGAUUAGCUUUGCAGAACAAGCAGGGAUGUUUUUGGUGAUGGCAAAUACAAACCCUUCAGCAGGCUAUAAAGGAAUUACAUGUUUCAUAGUAGACCGUAAUUCAGAUGGGCUACAUGUAGGAAAGAAAGAAGAUAAAUUGGGAAUCAGAGCAGCAUCUACAUGUCCUGUAACAUUUGAAAAUGUGAAGGUUCCUGAAAGCAAUAUAAUGGGGCAAGUUGGUCAUGGCUAUAAGUAUGCUAUUGGAAUGCUGAAUACAGGAAGAAUUGGCAUAGCUGCGCAGAUGCUGGGAUUAGCACAGGGGUGUUUCGAUCAUACUAUCCCAUACACAAAGGAAAGAACCCAGUUUGGAAAAAGCAUUUUUGAUUUUCAGGGACUGCAACAUCAGAUUGCUCAAGUGGCCAUUCAGAUUGAAGCAGCAAGAUUGCUGACCUACAACGCAGCCCGAUUUGCAGAAACUGGGAAGCCAUUUAUAAAACAAGCAAGCAUGGCCAAAUAUUACGCAGCAGAAGUUGCAACUCUAACAACAAGUAAAUGUAUUGAAUGGAUGGGUGGAGUUGGCUUCACAAAAGAUUAUCCAAUUGAAAAAUAUUACAGGGACUGCAAGAUUGGUACCAUAUAUGAAGGAACUUCAAAUAUCCAGUUAAACACUAUUGCAAAGUGCAUUGCUCAAGAGUAUUGAAAUUCCAGGAAUUGAGUGACUGUUGCCAACCUGAUUUCUUCUCAGAAAGCUAAAUAUGGUUUCACUUCUUUGUGAGUUACAGAUUAUAUUUUGAGAACAAGGCACCAAAUUACAGUAAUUUUUAAUCAUUGUGCAACUUUCUGUACAAAGUGCAUUGUAAAUGGCUGGGCUACUAGGAAUCAGUAAUACACCAUAAGAACUCUUACUUGUUUCCCCAAUCACUGAAAUAAGAUUUUAUGGACUUUCACACUUGCUUUUAAACAACGAAACAAACUUGCCUGCUUUUGUAUAAGCCCAGUGGUUCUCAACCUUUUCUUCACCAUGGACUGCCCCCCCCCCACUUAAAUACAUUUUGUGGUCAUGAACCCCCAAGACUUAACUCAAGGUUUAAAUCAUAACAUUUCUUUAAGCCUUCCUGACCCCCUGUAAUGACAUUGUGCCCUCCCCCCAAGGGUUUGCGGACCCCAGGUUGAAAUCCACUAUAUUAGCCUAUCAAAUAUCCAGGAGGCCUUUAUAAUUCUGUUUAUCAAAGUGAUAAACCUCAGCAUAUUCAAGAAUGUUCAAGUACUCUGCAGCACUUGGACGUUAGCACUAAUAGUAACAAUCAGUCCUUGAAAUGAUUAUCUUAUUAUUUAGAUAAAGUAAAUACUCAUUGAUUGGGUAACUGGGGAGAUAAAGCAGAUUUUUAUCCCUUGCUGUUCAAAUGAGAUACUGUAUGUAUGUAUGCAUGCAUGCAUAUAUACUUGUUAGUAGUGUGUUAGAUUUCCUAACAGAGCAAUCCAAUUAGCACUGUUUGAGAUCUCCAAUAUUGAACGACAAGAUAAAUGUCAUUCAGACGCACCAGUUUUAUUGCAUUGUACCAAGUUUCGUUAUCCUGCCCAUUAGAACUAACAUUGUAGGAUUUGAGUGGGUUUUUUUUUUUUAGGAGCUUCCGAAUUCUAAUUUUUUUCCAUCAGGGGUUUAGUUGAGGACAGAAAAAGUAGUGGCUCUUAUAUAUACAGAGCCUGUCAAGUUUCCAAUUUUAUCCUUUUUCUCCUUUCCAAUGCCAGAGAUCUUUCUAAGACGGCAGGGAGUGGAGAUCCAAUAAAAGAUAUACUCCAAAUUCAGAACUUUCUC